UUCAACAGCAGCAUUGCUUGUGUUGUGAUCGUAUUUAGCAAAAAUAUAUUCACACCGCAUCCAACCAAGCAUUGAUGUCUUUUUCAAUCGGUCUUCACCUUAUUGGAUAUAUAAAUAAUUACAUUUCGAUAUGACGUGUCAACACAAUUAUUGUGGUCAAUUUACUAAACAAUCACUUGGUUAUAACUUGGCGAAUAGAUUAAUCGAAAUUUAUUGUUGAAUUAAGUGAAAAUGUAGUUUUAUUGUUUGCGUCGAAUAAAUCUUCAAAUUUUGCUUGUAACCAACUUUCAAGGUCACUUAACUCCGGCUGUUUUAUGCACAAUUUUCAUUCUUCACUUGUUUAACUUUGAUAUACUAUAAUGUUGCUGCAUAUUACAUUGAAUCAGCCAUCUGUUUGAUUGUUAAAUGUAAGUGGAAGUGAUGAGAAGAAAAAGUUUACGAAAAAAAGAAUUAUUGCGCUACACGUCUUAGUUGUAGUACUUGUUGUUGGAAACAUCUAUAUAUCAUCUUCAUUCAGUGAAUUGAAAGGUUUCUUCUUAGCAAUGUGAAAUUGGUGUACUCAUUUAUCAGUGUGCAAAAAUUAAAUUUUUAAGUAAUACACCGAAACAAAUGUGAAACCGCGUUUAAUUGAAAUCACAAGAAGCAGCGAGAGAAAAAGGUGUACGGAAAAAAGAAUAUUCAAAUCAUUCCAAGGUGUUGAUAUUAAAAUUGUUGUAAAGAAAAUUUGAAUAAUACGAAGAAAAAAAAAUUAAAUGAAACAAAGUCAAAGAACUUUUCUCAAUAUAUUUUGUGGAUAUUCUUGCUCUUAAUGGUUUUGGAUGGGUUAAUUUGCCGUUCAAAAGAACGUGAACAGUUCGCUGACUAAAAAAGAAAACUUACUCAAACGUGAUGGCUUGGCAUAUAUUUGUGGAGAACACAUUUUCAAAUAGUUUCUAAAUGACUCUGGCGAAUAAAUUAUAGUGCCUGCACAAAAUGAGAGAGGAGGAAUUGGAAAUAGCGAUCAAGGUUGUGAUCGUUGGAAAUGGAGGUGUAGGUAAAAGUUCAAUGAUUCAGAGAUACUGCAAAGGAACGUACACAAAAGACUACAAAAAGACAAUUGGAGUCGAUUUUCUUGAGCGACAAAUUGAAAUCGAUGGAGAAGACAUUCGAAUUAUGUUAUGGGAUACAGCCGGGCAAGAGGAAUUCGAUGCUAUUACCAAAGCCUAUUAUCGAGGCGCACAGGCGUGUGUCCUUGCAUUUAGUACGACCGAUCGUAUGUCAUUCGAGGCAGUUAAAGACUGGAAAAUGAAGGUUGAAAACGAAUGUGGUGAGGUGCCAACGGUUAUCGUCCAAAAUAAGAUUGAUUUAAUGGAACAAGCGGUCGUUACGCCCGACGAAGCCGACAAUUUAUCCAGAAAUCUAGGCUGUCGUUUAAUUCGAACAUCUGUCAAGGAGGAUGUGAAUGUCGCAACGGUUUUCCGAUUUUUAGCCACAAAAUGCCAUCAGCUCAUGAUGCAGCAAUAUAAUAAUGUUGUGCCAGUUGGUCAGCCAACGAUAAGUGCCUUUAGCCCGACCUUUACAAAGUCGAAUGGAACAAUUAUUUUAAGACCAACAAAGAAGUCAUCGCGAAAGAAAACAAUGCUCAAAAAGUGCAGAAUUUUGUAGCAUUUGACGUAGUCGUUUGGCAACGAAAUUUAAAUUAUUUUUUUCUUGCGAUAUACAGUAAUAACGCUUGUAAGAGUAUUUUUUAAGAAACUAAAACUUUAGCCGGUAAACAUUGUCCGUAUAAUCUUAGUCAUUUUGUUUCUGUAAAUUUAUAAACUAACGAUCGAUUUAAGAAAGAGAAAAAGAAAUGGAAAAAUCAAGCAAAACAAAUCCGUUUUUUUCUCUGUGGCAUUUGAAUUUAAUCAUUUCGCUAAAUUUUUACAUAAUUUGGACAACGAGCACCAUGGUUGGGAGAAAA